UGUCAUAUUUUACUGUAAAAUUAGUGAAUAACUAAUUAUUUUAUGGGUAAAGCUGAUAAAAAAAAAGACAAUUGUGAGCUGUUCCAAUAAAUUUUCACACAACUGUAUUUUCUGAGUUCUGGUUUGUAUAUUUUGUUUUCAGUAUAUAUAUAUACAUACAUAUUCUAAACUUGAAUAUGAUUAAUAAUUAAGGUGUUUCUACCUCAAUUUUGCGCUAAUUUGCUCUACAAAAUGUAUAGAAAAAAUAUGACUUCCAAAGAAGAGCUGGAGCGGGAUUGGAGUGACAAAGUAGAAGCAUACACUAUUGAUGCUAGCAGUGGCCACUUGCAGAACAUUUCCAUUGGUGGUAUCCAGUUUCAGGAAGAAUCAAGUACAUUACCAGAGAGGUUUUCCACUCCUGAGACAUGGAAAGAACAUACCGAAGAAAACAUACAUAAGGCGACUACAGAAAUGUAUGAGUCCUCAUCACUUCGAACUCUUAUUGAUCAGCUAUUGCAGGAUACUUCUCAAGAUAUGCGGAACCAGGCUGACAACGUGCAGAAAGCUCUAACUAAGAGAUCUGCAGAAGUGGAAGAAUGCAGAUACAAAUUGUGUCAACAUAGCGAAAUGGUUGGAAAAGAAAUUGCACAAGCUGAGAGAGCCAUUCGCAACCUCAAACGUGCAAUCCUAGAAAAAGAAGCCCCAUUAAAGGUGGCACAGACUCGUCUUCAUCACAGAUGGCAACGCCCUAAUGUGGAAUUAUGUAAUGAUCCUCCACAUAACAGCUUGAUUAGAGAAGUCAGCGAGAUCACAACCACUAUAGAGACACUGAAACACCAUCUGAAGAGGGCAGAGGACGGUCUUCAGAAUCUCCAGGAAACAAAAAAAGGAUUGGAAGAGGAGAUUUCUAUUAAAGAAAACAGCCUGAAAAUUGAUAGAGAAAGAUGUGCGGCUGUACGCACAUGCUAUCCACCCAUUAACAAACUGUUAGGUUAUUAAACAACCAGGUGUAAUGGUCAUUUUCAUCACAUGAUAUAAGCCACAAACCAUAUAUAUGUCUUCAUUAACACAGAAUAAAUAUACCAAUGAAAAGAUUGGAGAGAAAAAAAUCAUGUUUCUAGAAAUAUUUCAUUGCACAUUUCAUAGUUAUGUAGUUUCUUUCAUUGCACCUGAACUUGAAACCGACUGUUUGAUAAAACAUCAUAAUAAAUUGAUAUUACACAAUCUAAUUAUUUUUGUUUUAGAACGUUAUCAGUCAGAGUACAGUGGAUGUUCCAUUUCACUCUUUCCAUUCCUCAUGAAACUGUAUUUGUUUCUUUGAAACUUUGCUGGAUCUGUCUGUCAUUGUUAUAUAGAAAUAAAACCAAAAAUUUUAAUAAAACGAAGUUAAAUCAAAUCA